UCGCUCCCACAGUAUGGCCGGCGACAUUAGCUAGCGCUCGCUCUACUCUCUCUAACGGGGAAACAGCGGACUACAAGAGACUGAGCUGUAUCUGCCUCUAUUUCCAACAGACUCACGUUCAACUUUCGCUCACCCACACACACAAAGCCGGGAAAAUUUUAUUAAUCCUUUUUUUAAAAAAAAGUUAAUAUAAAAUUAUAGCAAAAAAAAAAAAAAAGGAACCUGAACUUUAGUAACACAGCUGGAACAAUCCGCAGCGGCGGCGGCGGCGGCGGGAGAAGAGAUUUAAUUUAGUUGAUUUUCUGUGGUUGUUGGUUGUUCGCUAGUCUCACGGUGAUGGAAGCUGCACAUUUUUUCGAAGGGACCGAGAAACUGCUGGAGGUUUGGUUCUCCAGGCAGCAACCCGAAGCAAACCAAGGAUCUGGGGAUCUUCGCACCAUCCCAAGAUCCGAGUGGGACAUACUUUUGAAGGAUGUGCAAUGUUCAAUCAUAAGUGUGACAAAAACUGACAAGCAGGAAGCUUAUGUACUCAGUGAGAGUAGCAUGUUUGUCUCCAAGAGACGUUUCAUUUUGAAGACAUGUGGUACCACCCUCUUGCUGAAAGCACUGGUUCCCCUGUUGAAACUUGCUAGGGAUUACAGUGGGUUUGACUCAAUUCAAAGCUUCUUUUAUUCUCGUAAGAAUUUCAUGAAGCCUUCUCACCAAGGGUACCCACACCGGAAUUUCCAGGAAGAAAUAGAGUUCCUUAAUGCAAUUUUCCCAAAUGGAGCAGCAUAUUGUAUGGGACGCAUGAAUUCUGACUGUUGGUACUUGUAUACUUUGGAUUUCCCAGAGAGUAGGGUAAUCAAUCAGCCAGAUCAAACCCUGGAAAUUCUGAUGAGUGAGCUUGACCCAGCAGUUAUGGACCAGUUCUACAUGAAAGAUGGUGUUACUGCAAAGGAUGUCACUCGUGAGAGUGGAAUUCGUGACCUGAUACCAGGUUCUGUCAUUGAUGCCACAAUGUUCAAUCCUUGUGGGUAUUCAAUGAAUGGGAUGAAAUCGGAUGGAACUUAUUGGACUAUUCACAUCACUCCAGAACCAGAAUUUUCUUAUGUUAGCUUUGAAACAAACUUAAGUCAGACCUCCUAUGAUGACCUGAUCAGGAAAGUUGUGGAAGUCUUCAAGCCAGGAAAAUUUGUGACCACCCUGUUUGUAAAUCAGAGUUCUAAAUGUCGCACAGUGCUUUCCUCGCCCCAGAAGAUUGAAGGUUUUAAACGUCUUGAUUGCCAGAGCGCUUUGUUCAAUGAUUACAAUUUUGUUUUUACCAGUUUUGCUAAGAAGCAGCAACAACAGCAGAGUUGAUUAAGAAACAUGAAGAAAAAACGCAAAAAGAGAACACACAUAGAAGAAGGUGGUGGCUGCUUUUUAGAUAUUCAUACCAAGGGCCAUGCUUUCCAUAACCACCACCUCAUAGUUGCAGAAAGCCCUAGAUGUAAUGAUAGUGUAAUCAUUUUGAAUUGUAUACAUUAUUAUAUCAAGGAGUUAGAUAUCUUGCAUGAAUGCUCUCUUCUGUGUUUAGGUAUCCUAUGCCACUCUUGCUGUGAAAUUGAAGUGCAUGUAGAAAAAACCUUUUACUAUACGAAACUUUACAACACUUGUGAAAACAAUUCAAUUUGGUUUACGCACAGUGUAAUAUUUCUCCAGGUGUCAUCCAAAAUUCCCCACAGACAAGGCUUUCGUCCUCAUUAGGUGUUGGCCUCAGCCUAGCCAUCUGGGACUGUUCUAUUAAUUGCUGCCAGGAUUUUACAUCCAGUUACCUCCACUUUCUAGAACAUACUCUACUAACGUUAUUGAAACCAAUUUCUACUUCAUACAGAUGUUUUUUCAACAGCAAUUAAAGUUUUUCUUCCACGAGUGGAGUCCUCUAAGAAAACUAUCCCUUCUGUGUAUUUAUAUUUUAACACUGCUUCCUGAACUUGUAUUACUUGGAUUCCUUCCAUUACCAUGGUGUCUCCCCUCCCAACCACACCCCCUCAAUAAAGCAAUACACUGUUACACUGUGGGUUUUAUACUAAUCUAUACCCCAGAGGGGGAAGGCGGGGGUAGACCCUAGGCUUAAUUUUCUUUUAAGGUCAAUGGAGUUUGACAUUUUUCAUUGCCAUGCACUCUUUUGGAAUAAACUAUUGUUGAUUAGCAAAGAAGGUGUAGAUUGGUACUAGGGAAUAUUGGCAGAACUGUAUGGAAACUGUGCCAUUUGGUGUCCCCCAUUAAAUGAAAUGAGCUUCUCAUAAGUACCAUGUCGUUAUUAACUUGCUCAGUAGUACAAAAGAAUUUUUAUCACAAUUUAUUAACGAGAUUUAAGAUAAAGGUAUCGGUUUCAACAAAUCAAGUCAGGUCAGAUGAUUCACCUUAACUUUUUACUUUCGUAGCCAUUUCCACUAAUUUCUGUUAAUGAUAUGCCAUGAACUUUGGUUCAAAGCAGAGUCAAUGUCUUUUCCAUCUUGUGACUUAAAGUUCCAUGACUUUAUGAUACAUGUAAUAGUGUUCUGACUUUCCUCUUGCUUGUUUGUAUUCCUUUCACCAUGGAAUAGGAUCAGGUGAUGAAUGAGAACUGUUAAGGUUAUUCAGACAUAUUCAGUGCAGCAGAAUGCUAUCCACAAAACGUUACACACAAAAUUCCAAAAUCAUUGAUGGGAAAUGAUCUAAAAAUACAGGCAUAAAAGAGUUGGCAUCUUUUAGCUGUAUUUGGUAACAUGGACAUUUAAGCAGUUGAUAAAAGAGCAAAGUUGACUCAAUUUUGUAUUUCUUCUUGUCCUCAAACAGUUUUUGAUUCUUUCUGGGUUGAUGCAGUGAUGCUUUUGUUCCUUCCGUAUUUAUAAAGGAAACACUUUUUUUUUUAGUGUUUCUGAACAUAAAAUCUGCUUGGUUUGAAAUCAAGUGGUUGGAACACUUUUAUUUUAAGCACAUUGUUGAUUCAAAGCUUCAUUGAUGAAGCUUUCAAUCAAUGAAUCAUUCUGAUUUUCUGUAAUUACGCACAGUACCUAAUGUUUUGGUGCUAUUAUGAGGACCAAUGCUCAAAGUGGAUUUUGUUCUUGAACAGCGUCCCAGUAGAUUUGAUGACAUUUAUUGGCUUGAGGUCUGAUUUUCCUCCCCCUAAUAGAUUUAAAAGAUUUCUAUUUCAUGUUGAAGACCUGCACAAAUUUUGUAUGGAACAAAGCCUAGAAAAAAAUGAAAAAUAGAUUGACUAGUAAUCUAAAUUAAUCCUAGUAUGUAUGAUAGAGGAGGGAAAAUUUUGGUGCCAUAAUUUCUCUCUUCAUGGUGUUGGACGUAAAUCACUUGAAAUGUAUUUCUGUACCCACAAUUUAAGAUUCAAUAAACGUUUGCUUAAUUCAUUGUCUAGUGACAUUCAGAAAGUUUUCUGUCAAUGUAUUUUUUUAAAUAGUAUACAUGACCAAAUACUAGACUCUAUAUAAAGUUUUUAUAAUUAAUUGAAGGAAUCAAUAUUUAAUGAUUUUUUUUUUAAGGUUAUGGGAGAUGUUAUAAAGAUCUUUAAGUGCUGGGAGAACAGUUUUAAACGUUUUGUUGUUGAUAGUAGCUUCAUAACUGAAGCUGAUAGGAAAUCAUCUGGGCGGUAUCCCAGGUCAUCAGAGUAGGAAAAGUGUAAGUAGAAUAAGAAUGCUAGAGUUUGGAACUAGAAAAGUUUGAAGAUGGAAUAUUCCAGCAUUUAUUAUGGAAUAGGUACUUCCUAGUGGGGUGGGGAGCAGAGUUUAAUUCAGUUCUUGCAACUAGAACAUAGUUAAAAGCUUUUGAUCUUUGUGCCAUGCAGAUACAUAUCUCAUCAUUUGGUGAAAUUUCAGUUCUUCAGUCUCAUAUACAAUAAGCUAAAAACUGGAAUCUUUAUUAUAUUCAGAUCUUUCUUAAAAUAAGCUUAUCAGAAUAUUGUCCAAAAUCUGAGUUAAAAAGGGUUGAUCUUAGGGACCUCCCUGGCGGUCUGUUGGUUAAGACUCUGUGCUCCCAAUGCAGGGGGCACAGGUUAGCUCUCUAGUCAGUGAACCAAGAUUCCUGAGUGCCACAGAGCCCAGCUCUAAAAAGAAAAGGUUGAUCUUAGAAAAGCAAGAUGCUAAAGGUGUGUGCAGUCCUACAGUGCCAGAUUGUUUUAUAGGGACAGGUGACUUGAGCUCAGCAAACACCUGGUGUUAACUGAUGAGAUUCAGGGACAUAAUCUGAAUGUGGUAAAUGUGACACACUAUGAAAGAGAAAAGACUUCUAUUGUCUUAGCCAGAUAACACCACUUCCCAGCUACCCACCUUCAAACUUUACAUUUUCAUCUGCCUUUCUCUUUUUGUUACAAUGGAAGAAGUGUUAGUCCUUUGAAUUCCUAUCAACCCAUUUCUACCUUUAGAGACUAAAGGAGGUCACUGCAGACAUGUCCACUGUUGAUCCCCAUCAGUUUGUUUUACUUCCCUAGUUUCUCCCCACUUCUGUUUGCUCCUUAGGAUUUACUUUGUUAGUCCUUUACAACGCGAGAAGUGUCAAUUCUUAUUCCCAAACGGAACCAUCUUCAAACUACUUGUAAUCCAGCAUUUUCCUGAGUGCUCAAACCAGAAACCUAGGAUGAAAUUGAGGCAGAGUCAUAGAGGUUUGUGAUGUAACUCAGAUUGGAAGAAAACUUUUGGCAGUGUCAAGAGAUGUCCCAUAUGCUGUUAAAGUAGGACAUGGCAGCCUACUCCAAUAUUUUUCGCCUGGAGGGUCCCAUGGACAGAGGAGCCGGGCGGGCUACAGUCCAUGAGGUCACAAAGAGUCAGGCACAACUGAGCAACUGACAACACACGUGAGUUAGAAGCCCCCCAAAUAGGUUGAUAUUUAUAAUUAGACAUCUAAAUUGGAUGUAUACUCAAAUUUCUCCUUGAACCAUCACACCCCAGCUUCAGAGUCCUCAAUUCUGCUCUGGUACACUGAACUAUCUGCUACACACACCUCAUUAGGUCAGAUUUACAAAAAGUUGAUAGAUACAAAUCUUUACAAGUUUUAAGAAUGUACACUCUUGGCCCACAGCCACAUCAGGACCAAAGAAAGUUCCCUAAUACCACUACCUAAGCAAUGAAGGGUUACUCUAGGUAGUUUAACUACUAUCCAGAUUUUCACUAAAGAGUAGGGUUUCCUUCCCCAUACCAGCUCUGAAACUAAAUUGAAUCACUUAAUGCUUUCAUAAGUACAAAGUUUUGAGAGGUUGAACCAUGUAUUUCUUAUUGCCGAGUAGUAUUCCACUGUAUGAAUGUACCACAAUUUGUUUAGCUAUUCUGUUAAAUGAACAUUUUGUUGGUUCUCUCCAUUGUGAGAAGAUACUAAUAAAGCUGCUAUGAACAUUUCCUCAUACAAGCAUUGUGGCUUCUGAGUGUGUAGUAGUAUCUUGUGUUAAUCUACAUUUCUCUAAUGAGUAUGCGCUCUCAUGUGUUCAGUUAGCCAUUACUGUAUUCUUAGAAUGAAAAUGUUUUGUACAUUUAAAAAUUGGCUCUUUUCAUUAAUGAGAUAUGAAACUAUAUAUUUUGGAUACAGUUUUUUGGUGUAUUUUGUAAAUAUUUUCUCCUAGUUUGUCUUUAUUUUUCUAAUAGUGUCUGGAGUAGUUCUUUUAAAGUCCUGAUGGGCACUAUGAUGCAUUAGGAUUGAGUUGAAUCCAUCUGUCAUCUUUUUCUCAGCAAUGUUUGGUUUAAUGUUUUAUGUGAUUUUGAUUGUCAUAACUUUAAGAUUUUUUGAUAAAAAUCUAUAAUGGAAUUGGUUUUUUCCCCAAUUGAUAACUCACAGAUAACAAUUAAAAUUUUUUUCUCUUGUAUCAUGAGAACUUGCUAAUAAAUAAGCUCACUUUAAAUUA